GCAGCAGAGAGAGAAUUCAAAUUCCAAUUCCUCGGUGUCUCCCCAUUCCCCAACACCACCACCACCGCCACCCAAUCCGUCGCUCUCCUCCACCACCUCCUCCCCGCCGGCGAUCGCCGCCGAGGCCCUCCUCGGCGGGGCGCCGCUCCGGGACCGCGCGAUGAAGCUGAAGAUCAACAAGGCGUGCGACAUCGCCUCCAUCUCCGUCCUCCCUCCCCGGAGGACCGGAGGGAGCAGCGGUGGCGGUGGCGGGAUGAGCGCGCCUGCUGCUGCUUCCGCGGCGGCGGCGGCGCAGCAGCAGCGGUCCCAAUCGAUGUCGCAGAAGUCCUUCUCGCAGGGCAUAGGCAGCGGUGGCGCGUCCUUCUCCCAGGCCAGAGGCGCGUCCUUCUCGCAGGGCAGCGACAGCGGAGGCGCCGCGUUCUCUCAGGUCGGUGGAGGCGGAGGCGCCGCGUUCUCUCAGGGCGGCGGAAGCGGAGGAGCCGCGUUCUCUCAGGGCGGAGGUGGUGGAGGCGCAGCCUUCUCUCAGGGCGGAGGUGGCGGAGGCGCGGCCUUCUCUCAGGGCGGUGGAGGCGGAGGCGCGGCCUUCUCUCAGGGCGGCGGAAGCGGAGGCGCGACCUUCUCUCAGGGCGGUGGAAGCGGAGGCGCGUCCUUCUCUCAGGGCGGUGGCAGCGCGCCGCUCGUGCACGCGCAGUCGCAGCUCUCGCAGGCCUCCCUCGACGCGAACCUCCUCAGCCUCCUCUCGCAGGCUCCCGCGCGCGACCAGAGAUUUGCCUUGCAACAGGACUCAUCCAAGAGAACGUCUUCAUAUCCUGCCAGUUCAGCUUCUUGUGUGCGCGAGGAAUCUCAGCUGCAACUGACAAAAAUACCAACCAACCCUAUCCACCGCUGGUGCCCCUCUCUUCUGGAUAGCAGAUGUCAGGUUAAUGAGGAAGUUGAGCGCAAGUUUCAGCAUCUGGCAAGUUCAGUACAUAAGAUGGGAAUGAUAUUAGACUCAGUGCAAAAUGAUGUGAUGCAGUUAAACAGAGCCAUGAAGGAGGCAUCACUAGACUCUGGUAGCAUUCAGAAAAAGUUUGUGCUCCUGGAGGACUCUCUAAAGCAAAUUCUUAAGGGACAAGAUGACCUCAGAGCACUCCUUGAAGGAAUCACAGAAAGUAAUCCUGACCAAGUGAGUGUUCUCAACUCUCUCAGCAGCAAACAGGAUGAGAUGUCCUUGUUACUUUCAGUCUUGCCAAACCAUGUGCAAAGAGAACUGGGGCAACUGAAGGGUGACAUCAGCAGAAUUUUCUCAAAGGAGAUGGAGGUGAUGGUUAGAGCUGUCAGAUCUGUUGAUACUAGGCUUGACCAGAUGCAAAUGCUGGCAAACCAGAGCUGCACCACCAAUGCGAAACCCCUGAUGAACCAGACAAGAGUAGCCAAUGGAAGCUCCCUGAUGAUGCAGACACCAGUAGCAUAUGGAAGCCCCCUGAUGAACCAGACACCAGUAGCAGAUGGAGGUCCCCUGAUGAACCAAGGACCAGUAGCAGAUGGAAGUCCCCUGCUGAACCAAGGACCAGUAGCAGAGGGAAGGCCACGGAAGAAACAAAGGCCAGCAGCAAAUGGAAGGCCCCAGAGGAAGAAGCUAACACCAGUAGCAAAUGGAAGGCCUCAGAGGAAGAAACAAAGACCAGUAGCAAACGGAAGGCCCCAGAGGAACCAAAGACCAGUACCAAAUGGAAGGCCCCAGGUACAAACAGCAGAUGGAAGCUCGCACAUGAACCAGAAACCCGAAGCAAAUGGAAAUGGCCUGAUGAACCAAGUACUACCAGUAACACAAGCUGCCAGUGCUCCUGCACCCUUGGCUUAUCAGAGGAAGACAGAAGGUGUGAAGCCAAAUGUGGAGAAGGGGAUGGUAAAGGCUGCCACAGAAGCACGGAAAUUGGAUGGCUCAGGCGACAGCAGGCCGGCGCCACCUAAAGAGCAAGAGUUGGCGAUUCAGAAGGACAAUGCAGAUGCACAUGCGCCCAUCAACAAGGCGAUCGUGACGAUUGUCAUCGACUCGGACGAGGAGGCGGAGGAGGGGAGCGCGUCCUGCGUCAUGCUGAAGACGGGAGCAGGAGGUGCGGGAGAGGGGGAGGCGCUGGAGAUCCUGCGGCGGGCGAGGAAGCGCCGGCGGAGGGAGGAGGCCAACGCCGUCGCGCUGGACCACUGCUAGGCUAGACUGUUUAUUUAGUAGCAGCAACCCAACACGGUAGGUAGGGCGUGGCGUACAGAUGCAGAGGCGGGUCGACAGACAGUGGUUUAAGAAGAGACGAGGAAUCCAGGCGCGAUGCCGACGGGCAUGGACAUGGACAUGAUCGCCUGAACAUAGACCGACCGCAGUGCAGCCGGUUGGUCCUCCGCUUGCAUUGGCCUAGCCAGCCUAGAGAGAGAGAGAGAGAGAGAGGUGGGCCGUUUUGAAAGGAGGUCGGUGCCUUUUACGCUGGCGGGCACGCGGGCAGUUUCGUCUGGAUUCCCUCCUCCAGUCCAGGGACGGACUGACUGACUCGCCGGAGAACAAUGCGUUAUGACUGCUUAAUGUGCGUGCCAGCGACGACAAGUUAGCCGCGGUCACAUACAUUUUCCGGGCAGGUUACCCAGGUAAGGAUAUGAUACUCCCUCCGUCUUGCGAGCGUUUUUUUUUUCACUAGUUUUAUAUUAUGAGACGGAGGGAGUAGUUGCACCUAUUCUUAAUCCGAAGUAGAAUGUGCCAUCUUGGCACUGAGAGGUGGGGGACCUCGGAUCUUCAAGAGUUCUAUAUUCACCCCAACAUUUAGUGGCCGUCAUAGGGGUUUUCCAAUAAAGUCACUCUAAUUCUUCCUCUGAUGGUGCCAUGGAGCUAGAGAAACCCGUGUCCUCGCAUAUCUGAUUACUCAAAUCUGAUGAGCCCAUGUUAUUGUGUCA